UUAAAUCAGUUGACUUUAAAUUCGUUUGUUGUGAUUUUGUUGUGAUGGUUUAUUAGAUCUAAUUGUUGAUUAGUUUUGGUUUUAAUUCAGUUAUAUAUUGAUAAUCAGCUAUGGAUCCAGAUAUUUUUCAAGCUCUUGACGAUGAUUUUGACCUCGAUAAUCCAGCCAAUCAAUUAACCGAUGAUUAUUUAGCUGAAAUUUUGGAUGGUGGUGUUGAUCAAGACUUUGAGUGUGUUGGUGAAGAGGAUAAAGGUAACCCUGGUUAUUCAAUUGCUCGAUUUGAAAAGGAAAGGUUGGUAUACGAUGAUGGAGAGACUGGGGAAGAUUUUGAACUGCCACACGGAAAAGAAUUUGAUCCAUGGGGUGACCAUGAAGGUGAAGAUGAUGAAGAGGACAAUGAUUUUCCAGGUGAAUUGGGAAAAAAAUUUUCCAAAGAAGAAACCAAAUCGGUUUUUACUGAUUAUUCGUACACCUCAUCAGUUGUACCUCGAAAUGCUGGAUUAACCUUGAUUGAUGAAAAAUUUGAAGAAAUGUUUGAAAAGGAGUAUGCUGAUGAUAUGGACAUGGGAGCUCUCGAUCUUGAUGAUAUUGAAGGACCUUUGGACGCAAAUUCAGCUUUAAAACAAUUGAUUGAAGAGCAGAAUGAAAUGCUUGAAACAGGGAAAAUUUCUGAUGAAGAUAAAUUAAAAACUUUACUAUUAAAUGGUUUAGAUGGUGAAGAGAAAGAUUCAGACGAUGAAAGUAAUUUAGUUCAAUUGGAGAUUGAAUUAGAUGCUGGUAAACACCGGGAAAGACUUUACGAUUGUGAAUCAAUUUUAUCAACUUAUUCAACUCUCUACAAUCAUCCAAAGAUGAUUCGUACAGCAACCAGGUCAUCUAAAAAGAUAAACAUUGAUCCAGUUAAUGGAAUUGUUGUCCCACCAAAUACUGGAUUAACCAAGAAAAAUUUAAGAGAAUUAGAUGGCAGCGAUAAUAUGGAAAAGUGUUCUGAUGUAAGGUCCAACUAUUCAAGAGCAUCGAGGAUUAAAGAUCUUUCCGAAAGAGAUCCAACCGAAACUCCAGAGGAAAGGAAAGCAAGAAAAAUGGCCUUCAAGGAAUUGAAACGAGAAAGAAGACUGGAAAAGAAGGCCAAUAAAACGGCAUUUAAAUUGGAAAGUGAUGUUCAGAAACGGGAUCUGGUUCGUUUAAAGAAUGGAGUUAAUACCAUGAAAUUGGUUUAAAUUAAAGUGAAAGUUUAUUCGUAUUUUUGUUUUGACUAUUUAUACAAUGUUGGAAAAAAUGAUUCAAUGAGAAGAUGAAUUUUCAAAGUCUUCUGAUUCUACAAAAAAAAUAAAAGUUUCUCUCUUA